CUCUUCCGUACAUGCUAGUGUACAAAACCCAAAGAACACCGCCCUCUCUCUCUCUCUCUCUCAUCGUCGCGCUUUUAUCUCCGGCGAGGCUAGCGCCGCCGAUUAAUCGGUUCCGGUCAUCAUAGAGCCGGCGAGAAACAUCACCUUGAGGGAGUAGGUUAAUGGCGGACGAGCAUCUCUCCUAGUCACCGUAUUUCCGACUAUGAUUUAGGGGAGAUUACUCCGCAAAUUGACCGGCACCGAUUGGCGUUCUCCGUGCCGGAGACGGCGAUGCUCGUGGAGUGUGUGCGUGAACGGCACUGUUUGGUUCAAUCGGCGAUUGCUCUAAAAAGGAGGGAGUUUUAAAACGGGACUGUGACUGAACGCCGUCGUAUUAGUAGAGUUUGACUGAUUUAACCUCGAAACUGGAGAAAAGAGCGCAAAGGCGGCCAGCAGGGACACACAGGGAAUAAAGGAGUAAAACGUUUGGUGUAUAUGGGGAGGCUAGCGGUGGGGCUGGCGGCGGGAUGUGCCUCGGUUGCUUGCGUGGCGGCGGCGGCCAUGGUGGUUAGGCGGGCGCGGUCGUGGAUGAAGUGGUGGAAGGUGUUGGAGGUGCUGGAGGAGCUGGAGAAGGGGUGUGCUACCCCUGUUGGGCGGUUGCGGCAGGUUGUCGAUGCCAUGGCGGUCGAGAUGCACGCCGGCCUCGCCUCUGAAGGUGGGAGCAAGCUCAAGAUGUUGCUCACACAUGUCGAUAAUCUUCCGAAUGGGAGCGAGAAGGGGACAUAUUAUGCUUUACAUCUUGGAGGUACAAAUUUUCGGGUUUUACGAGUUCAAGUUGGUGGUGAGAGGUCUAUUGUUGUAGAUGACGUACACCGACAACCAAUUCCUGAAUAUUUAAUGACUGGCACCACUGAGGAUCUUUUUGAUUUUAUUGCAUCAUCACUUAAGGAUUUCAUUGAGAAGGAAGGUAGUGGCACAGAGCAUUUGCAAAACAGGAGAGACCUUGGCUUCACAUUCUCUUUUCCUGUCAAACAAAUUUCUGUCUCAUCGGGCAUUUUGAUGAAAUGGACAAAAGGCUUUACAAUUGAAGACAUGGUUCGAAGAAAUGUUGCUGAGUGCCUAGAGCAAGCUACUUCUAGAAAAGGCCUGGAUGUUCGGGUAGCAGCUCUGAUAAAUGAUACAGUGGGAACACUGGCUCUCGGACACUAUAACGAUGAGGACACUGUUGCAGCUGUCAUAAUUGGUACAGGUACAAAUGCUUGUUAUGUGGAGCGAGCAGAGGCAAUUAUAAAAUGUCAAGGCCUUUUAACUACGUCUGGAAGCAUGGUUGUCAAUAUAGAAUGGGGAAACUUCUGGUCAUCUCAUUUACCAAGAACAUCAUAUGAUAUCGAACUAGAUGUCAACAGCCCAAACCCUAACGAUCAGGGCUUCGAGAAAAUGAUAUCAGGAAUGUAUUUAGGGGACAUUGUGAGAAGAGUACUUCUUAGAAUGUCACAGGAAUCCAAUGUUUUUGGACCUGUAUCUUCUAAACUUGCAACGCCAUUCUCUCUAAGGACGCCGCAGAUGGCAGCUAUGCACGAGGAUGACUCACCUGACUUAAGUGAAGUAGGAAGAAUUCUACGAGAAACUCUCGAGAUACCAGACACCACUCUUCCCGUCCGGAAGGUCGUGGUGGAAGUAUGCGAUGUGGUGACCCGACGAGCUGCCAGGAUGGCAGCUGCAGGCAUCGUGGGAAUACUAAAGAAGAUCGGCCGCGAUGGCACCAGCGGCAUAUCUAGCGGGAAACAAAGAGGCGCGAAGCCAAGUAGGAUGAAAAGAACAGUGGUGGCCAUUGAAGGAGGUUUGUAUACAAGCUACAAUUUAUUCCGGGAAUACCUUAACGAAGCGGUAACAGAGAUUCUGGGCGAGGAAAUAUCGUCUUAUGUUACUCUUCGGGUAAUGGAAGAUGGAUCAGGCAUUGGGGCAGCUCUUCUUGCUGCUGCGCACUCAGGCUCCAGUGUGGAUACAGUACAGUUGGGAUGAAUAUAAACCAUAUAUAUAUAAAUAUAUAUAUAUAAGCGCAUAUACAGAUAGAGCUCUGUAAAUGGGGGUAGAAGUAAUUUUUUAAAAAUAUAUAUAUAUAUUUAUAUUUAUAUAUAUAUAUUUUCGAUCCAUCAAAAUAUGUGAAAAGGGAAGGUUGUGCAUAUGUUAUCUGGGAAUGCUUCUCAUUCAAUGAAAUUUGUUCAUUUGUUUAUUAUUA